UCCAACACCAGGAGAGACCAGACCAGUCUUUACAUGUAAACUGCGAAGUUCACACGCAGACCUGCACGCAAUUUUCCAAUCGCCAAGUCAAUUGGCAGAUUUUUGCUGGUUCCAAAUUGAACCGGCGUUAAUGGUGAUCACACUCCGGUGGAGAUGACUUCAAACAUCUGACCGCACUCUCUCUCCGUGCCUUUUCUCCACCACAUUCAUCACUCUCGGCUCUCGGGGAAACACACUUGUGGCGAGGCUGUGCGAACCGGGGAGCAGUCCCGGGUCUCCCGCACAUAUGGAGGGAGACGUUAUGGACAAACUGGAGGCCAUGGCCACAGUCUGUGACUUCGAUCCCAUAACGGGCAGCAUCCCGGCCACCAAAGUUGAAAUCACCGUGUCAUGCAGGAGUCUUUUGGACAGAGACACAUUCUCCAAAUCAGACCCACUGGUCGUACUGUACACCCAGGGAGUGGAGUGCAAACAGUGGAGAGAGUUCGGGAGGACGGAGGUGAUAGACAACACGCUAAACCCGGACUUUGUCAGAAAGUACAUCCUGGACUACUUCUUUGAGGAGAAGCAGAACCUGCGCUUUGACGUGUACGAUAUUGAUUCCAAAAGCCCAGAUCUGGCAAAGCAUUCGGCCGACCUUAACGACUUCCUGGGACAGGUGUACUGUACGCUGGGCGAGAUCGUGGGCUCCCCUGCCAGUCGCCUGGACAAGCCCCUGGGGGGCAUAUCUGGCAAAGCAUGCGGAACCAUUAUCUUGUCAGCGGAAGAGCUGGGAAACUGUAGAGACUGUGCAACAAUGAAAUUCUGUGCCAACAAGCUUGACAAGAAGGACUUCUUCGGCAAGUCAGACCCCUUCAUGGUCUUCUACAGGAGUAAUGAAGACGGGACGUUUACGAUCUGCCACAAGACGGAGGUGGUGAAGAACACCCUGAACCCACUGUGGCAGCCCUUCUCCAUCCCCGUUAGAGCCCUCUGCAACGGAGACUAUGACCGGACGAUCAAGGUGGAGGUGUACGACUGGGACAGAGAUGGGAGCCACGACUUCAUCGGUGAAUUCACCACCAGCUACAAGGAGCUGUGUCGAGGGCAGAACCAGCACAAUGUCUACGAGGUGGUGAACGUCAAGAAGAAGAUUAAGAAGAAGCGGUACAUUAACUCAGGGACGGUGUCCAUGCUGUCGUUCAGCGUGGAAUCUGAACACACCUUCCUGGACUACAUCAAGGGAGGGACUCAAAUACACUUCACCGUUGCCAUCGAUUUUACUGCUUCAAACGGUAACCCUUCUCAGUCCACCUCGCUCCACUACAUGAACCCCUACCAGAUGAACGCCUACGCCAUGGCCCUGAAGGCCGUGGGGGAGAUCAUCCAGGACUAUGACAGUGAUAAGAUGUUCCCGGCACUGGGCUUUGGAGCCAAGCUGCCCCCUGACGGCAGGGUGUCCCACGAGUUCCCCCUGAACGGCAACAUUGAGAACCCCUAUUGCAACGGCAUGGAGGGCAUCCUAGAAGCGUACCACCAGAGCCUUAAGACCGUCCAGCUGUACGGCCCCACCAACUUUGCUCCCAUUGUCAACCAUGUCGCCAGGUAUGCAGCUGCUGUACAGGACGGCUCCCAGUACUUUGUCCUGCUCAUCAUCACAGAUGGUGUCAUAUCCGACAUGGCUCAGACCAAGGAAGCCAUUGUGAAUGCAGCUAAGCUCCCCAUGUCUAUCAUCAUUGUCGGAGUAGGACAAGCAGAGUUUGACGCCAUGGUGGAGCUGGAUGGAGAUGACAUCAGGAUCUCCUCCCGAGGGAAGCUAGCAGAGAGAGACAUUGUGCAGUUCGUGCCCUUCAGAGACUACAUGGACCGCACGGGGAACCACGUGCUGAGCAUGGCACGGCUCGCCAAGGACGUGCUGGCCGAGAUCCCCGACCAGCUCAUCCUCUACAUGAAGAGCCGGGGGAUCAAGCCCUGCUCCCCGCCUCCGGCCUACUCCCCAGAUCACGACCACCCCCAGACCACCCCCAUCUGAAGCCCCGCCCACCCCCACCGCCUGGGCCCAGGAGAUCGGGGGGGGGGGGGAAGCAUCCUCCUCAUCCUCCCCCAAAGCCCCCUGGAACAACUCCUCUGCUGCGGCAGUACCAGGAGGUGCUUUAAGUUACCUCCCCCCCCCCCUCGCCCCCCCACCCAUCACGUCCUCCCCCUCUCAGUAAAUAUUAACAAAUAUUAAUCAAUGCCCGGCGGUUCGACAGAACGAUGACGGGACUCCUCGAGCAUUUGGAGGCGGGCUGUUAUCGCUGGAGAUUAAAAAUAAAACGCUGAUGAUUGCGAUAUUUCCUUUUUUAAAUAUUUGCCCCAGGAGGCGAGCGCUGAGGCCAGUGGGCGUAGAGGGGGGGGCGGGGGGUGGGGGGGUGGGGGGGGUGCAGAGGUCUUUUAGUUGUUUGCUGUCAAAGCUGUCAAACGUGGUGAUUUAAUGGAUAUCAGCCAAACCCCUUUAGAGCGCGCCUCUUUGAGGGCCUAAAUGUGUUAGAAUGUGCCAGUGUGUAUCAUGUUUGUGAAGAUGAUACCUAGCGGAAUUGCUUUGUGGUGAACUAAGACAGACGGUGUUUGCCAAUUUGUUUCUUGAGGGAAUUGGCAGGGGGGCCUAGGGAAGGGGGAUAUUGCCAUAUUGUCAUCAUUUGUCCUUGUCGUUUUUUUGCAUCUCUUAUCUUCCAGUUAUGAUAAAAAAAGCCCUCCCAUAUUCGGUUUGGUUAACACUGUAAUAUAAAGCAUGUGAUAAGCCUAUUGAGUGUUUGAUUUAGGAAGCAUUGUUCUUAAACUGCUGUUUUCAUGUGUAGGACCUGCUAUAUAUGCUAAAAACAUGUUCAUUUCCUGGUAUUAUGUCCUAUCUGACUGUAUUUCUACAAUUUAUACAAAUGGAAUGCACUAAAUGCUGUCCAGGUCGAAAGCACAAAAGGUCAACAUAUUCAUAAGCUUUUUUAUGAACAAUACAACAAUAAACAAUAGAUGGGCCACCUUUUUUAUGAAUGCGUCUUCAGGUAUUAAAAACAGGAAUCUAGCAUGUAUUAUGAAAGCAUACAAUAGACUGCUAUAUUUAUAAUAUAACUCACCAAUUAUACAGGAAAAAAAGGAAGGAGGAACCUUGCUGUUGUUCUUAAUAUAAUUAUAAAGAGAGGUAAUGAUUCAGACAUUAUAGCACAACCAUUAUUUUGUUAAUUAAUAUUUCGUGCAUUCUCCGUUUGUAUACCUUUCUAAUUCCUCUUCCUGUAUCCCGUAACAAUGACAUGAACAAACAUUGUUGUCGACUGAAAUAUUGUGUCUCAUAUUGUUUCUGUUCUCAAGAGGGAGAGUUAACUAUGAACUAAAGACUUAACAACACAUUGCAAAUUAAAAGAUAAUUAUCCUUUAGACUCACAUUUUAGAAGCAAUUAUCUACCGGUCAAACAAACAGAAUAGGCGCCAAUUAGCCUAAAUAGAGUUGGGUUAUCUGGGUAUAUUUUUUGAAUAUUGAGUCAUAAUUUGUAGAUAACUUAAUGGCCGAUGACGUCAUGUUUAUUUAACUUCCGAACAGAUGAAGUCAACACAACACAAAAUGUGAUCAUUUAUUCCAGCAUACUUCUCCUGUUCAACAUUUUUCAAUCCAAAUGUGCCUAUUACUGUACAUGGAAACAUAAACAUAUCAAAAUUAUUUUAAGCUUUUGCCCUGCUAGCAUUUGAUCUUGUUCAAUACAAAAUAACACAUAUUAUGAAAUAAUGGUUACAGAUUAGAAUUGAGGGAUAACCUCACCUGUUUAACCAGUUACUAACAAGCUUGAACGCUUAACAAAUCACCAACCCACUUGAUAGAUGACCCACUAACAACACAUCUGACGAAUUAACCAAUCAACAACACAACUCCCAUAUUAACCCCUGAAUGAAGCACCUGCAGAAUAACCCCUCAGCAUCACACCUGACGGAUUAAUGAGUUACCUAGUUAGAAUUAUUAAGCGUUACAGUUAUCUAAACUUAAUGAAAAGGAAAUAAACAGCAUAGCCAUCUCUUGUACAAUUUCCAAGUCAAGAAGUGUUUACAAUCACACAGGGUGCCACACUAACAGUGAGGGAUAGGAAGCACGCGUUUCAAAGAGAUAGGCUCAUGUUGGAUCUGGUGUGUUUAUUUGGGGGUUGCUUUGUUUGUGCAGUGUAUUCUUGACACAUCCAUUAGACUCCAGAGAGGCGGUCUUAAUAAGAGCUUCUCUCUGCACUCGCACUGCACUAGAGAAGCUCUUAUUAAGCUCAGUGUGGUGCAUCUCCCUGAUAGAGUUACCUGCCUUUCUGUUGUGUCUCUUGGUUAUUAUAUAGGAGCUGUUUGGUCCAGAAUCACACGCAAUACGUGGAGGAGAGGACAGUCAAAGGUCGGCUGGGGACGGACUGUCUAGAAAUUGAAUUGUAAAUUAGGUUGGAUAAUAGGUGUUCACUGCUCUCAGUGAGUUGAUCAAAAAGAACAGAAAGGCAGAAUAUACUGCAGUUGCAUGGAGACCGGGGAAUGCAGUUAUGUGGCAAGGUAACAGUGUUUUGGUGUAGUUUCAUAUCAGAUGUUUCAUCUGCUUCCCCCACUCACCUCAACAAACAAACACAAGCACAGAGGUUACUUUCAAAUUCACUGUGUGAUCAAAAAAUGAAAGAGGAAAUGUGUUGCUAUCCUUCUCUCAUGUGUUGAGGGACUUUCUUCCAAAAUAUACAAACAUAUUUGGAUUGGUGUUAAAGAAGAAACUUGUUUUUUUUGUUUACAUAUAUAAAGUUCUUCAAACAUAUUGCUCAUUUCCCUUGACAAGUCAAAAUAAGAUUAUUUAGGAGAGCUGAGCACAGAUACCUGAUAAGGUUGGUUAUUAUGAAUUGUAUGAAUAUUUGAGAUUGUGGUGUAAUUGAAGAGAGCCAUUGGCCACAUGUAUCCCCUCAGUCCAUAUGCAUUUACGUCAUUAAUACAUAUUUUGUUGAUAGUGAGAUAGUGAAAAUAAAAUAAUGUCUGGUUGGUAGCUUUUCAAGAGACCAUGUAUGCAGAUAAUAUUGAAAGACUAUUAUUUGGUUAUUAAUUAUGAAACAUAGGGUUAUGACAACAACAAUAAUAACAUUGAUGAUUAACCCUGGAAUGGAAUAACAUCAAAUAAUGUAUUCUUCAUGUUUGAAUUGGAUAAAACGUCUUUCAUAACCCAUUUUUAAAUGUCCAUUGUGAGUCCGAACCCAAACCGUGUACACCUGCUAAUACCUGUGUCCGGUGCCAGCCCGGUUCAGCCAGGCUUGUUCAGACUGUCUGCAUGUUUGUGUCAAAAUGGCAGCAGGUUCAGUCUACCUUCAUCUGAUUGGUGCAUUCCCUAAGAGUUCUGUUUGUUGCUUAGGACAUGUGAUGUAGAGAUGGCAUCUUCUUUGCAUGUUGCAUCAGUUCAAUUUUGUUGAAUACAUUUCUCGUUUCUCCUCGUCACUAUUCCGGUUCAGUCCCAGAUUGUUUCCAUACCUCUCUUGGUCUCUGGCUUGCAUGCUGAAUUCUUUCCAGACCAGGUGUUGGACAUGAUAUUUUCGUCAUACUGUGGUUUGUGAAAUGCUUUGUAAUGGAUUGCCUUAAUUGACGAUUAAUAAAAAAAUUGAUGAUUUUUUGCAGAAUGUAA